CAUUUAGUCGCUUGUGCAGUGCAAUUUACAUCUACAGAGUGAAAAAUGAAGGUGAUUGUACGGACACCACCUCAUGAAUCGGAACUGGAGGCUCAGCCCAAAAUCUCCACCAGGGAGAUUUUCCAGACCAUGUGCAAGUCAUUGGGCGUGCAGGAAACCUGGUGGUUUGGGCUGAUGUACAAAGGACCAGACAAUGAAGAUGUCUGGAUAGAUAAAUCCAAAAAGACUUUAAAAGACCUGCAGAAGAACCUGACUUUCAACUACGCAGUUAAAUACUAUCCUGAAGAUGUAUCCAGCGAACUAAUCGAAACCAUUACCAUCGAGUACUUCUUCCUGCAAGUGAAGGGGUUGAUUCUAAAGGAUGAAAUCUUCUGUCCUGCAGACACUGCGGUCCUCUUGGCUUCAUAUGCCCUGCAGGCCAAACAUGGGGACUACCAAAAGGACCAAAUCAAUGAAGACGUGUUCAAAAAAUCGAAACUGUUACCUGAAAGAGUUAUCAAGCAGCACAACCUCCAAACCUCCGAUUGGGAGGUGAAUAUCGUGAGCUUAUGGUUGAAGCACAGAGGCAUGGACAAAGAGGACGCCAUGCUGGAAUACCUGAAAUUGGUGCAAGAUCUGGAAAUGUAUGGAGUUUGCUAUUUUAAUAUCAAGAACGUGAAGGGCACGGAACUUCUUCUGGGAGUAACGGCUCUAGGGCUCAAUAUUUAUAAAGUAGAUGACAGACUGAACCCGACAAUUUCCUUUCCAUGGUCCGAAAUAAAAAAUCUGAAGUACAAGGGCACCAAGUUCGUGAUUAGGCCAAACGACAAAAACUCAAAGAACUUCGUCGUCAUCACCACUAAUGAAAAGGUCAGCAAGCAAAUCCUCAAUCUGGGCAUCGGCAACCAUGAACUCUACGUGAGGAGAAGGAAACCCGACAGUCCGGAGGUGGCAAAAAUGAAGGAGAAAGCCAACGAAGUUCGCAAAACGAAGCUGGUGAUCAGACAAAAAUACAACUCGGAACGUGUAGCUAGGGAGGAAGCGGAAAAGCGCGAAACCAUGUACAAGCAGCAGCUGGAGGACAUGAAAAUUGAAAUGGAGAGAAAACAGACCAGUUUAUUGGAGGCAGAGCGCACUAUCAGGAAACUCCAAGAGCAGCUCGAGGAUCUUCAAAGAAGCAAGGCAGAGCUGGAAGCGCAACGCACUGAGCUGCAAGAGAUGAUGGACCGACUGGAGCAGCACAAGCACAUGGAGGCUGAAGAAAAAGCUCGGCUAGAAGAAGAAAUCCGGGCUAAACAUGCAGAAGUUCAACGAAUCCAAGAUGAAGUGGCCAGAAAGGACGAGGAAACCAGACGGCUGCAAGAAGCGGUGGAUGAAGCUCGCCGAAAGGAAGAAGAGGCCCAGCUUCGUCAAGAAGAAGAGGAAAGAAGACGCGAGGAGGAGCGCCGCCAGAAGGAAAUAGAGGAAGCCAACCGAACCGAGAAGGAGCUGGAGUCUCUUUCCGAUGCCGACAACACUUUGCCUGACGUCAAGGAAGUAAACGAACAACUAAAAGAUCAACUAAAGACGUUGCAAGAUCAACUGAACGAGGCUAAAACCAAUGAGGAGAGCGAACUGGAGCGCAUCCAUAGAAUCAAUUUACUGGAAGGCCGCAAUAAGUACAAGACUCUACGGGACAUUCGCAAAGGCAACACCAGCAGAAGAGUGGAGAUGUUUGAGAAUAUGUAAAGUCAAAAAAUCAUGAAGAAAUUAAAAAACUGUUUAAAAAAAUGACCGUUCAAAUUUGGCUACUUCAGAACAUGCGAAGAGUGUAUAGGCAUUUUUACAUUCUUUUGUAAGACUUUUAUAUCAUGUUGGAAUAUUGUUAAUAAUUUAUUAAUGUUAUUAUUUAAAUAUACGAAGUUAAUAACUCA